UCAUAAAUAUACAGAGUGAUUUACGAAGAAGAGUUAUAUUUAAGCAAAACUAGUUAUUAAUAUUUAGUUCAGCUGUUUAUGAGAAUUGUCUAAACGUCGAUAAUUUUUUAUUUGACUUUCAAUUGCCAAAUCGAUAUUUUUUACAGUAUUCAUAAUUCCGCAACGCUACGUCAUGGCUAUCAUGGCGUUGCUGGCGGUUGCCAAUGCUUACACAAUGAGGGUCUGCUUGAACCUCGCCAUCACACAGAUGGUUAGGAAGGGUUCCUCUGGUGAGGAUGGCCACUUCGAUCCCGACGCUUGUCCAGAUAUGACGGUGGCUGCGACACCUUCAAACAGCAGCGUAGAUAUAUAUAAAAAUGAGCCAGUUUUAUUUGAAUGGAGUGAAGCGACCCAAGGAUUAAUCCUUGGUUCUUUCUACUACGGAUAUGUUUUGACUCAUAUCCCUGGAGGCAUGCUUGCGGAAAGAUAUGGUGGGAAAUGGAUUCUUGGUUUUGGACUGUUAUCUACUGCCAUAUGUACGAUCAUAACGCCAGUCACCGUUAAAAUGGGAGGUGCACCGGCAUUGUUCAUUCUGAGAGUUAUCGAAGGUUUUGGAGAGGGUCCGACGAUGCCUGGAUUGAUGGCAAUGCUGUCACGAUGGGCGCCCAAGGCUGAACGAGCGAGAUUCGGCGCCAUUGUAUUCGGAGGCGCUCAGAUUGGUAACAUAGUUGGAUCCUACGUCUCAGGCCUUAUCCUGCACGAAGGAAGCUGGGAGGAUGUUUUCUAUUUAUUCGGAGCCUGCGGUCUCGUUUGGUUCGCAUUAUGGACCGUUUUAUGCUUCAGUACGCCGAACACCCAUCCUUAUAUUUCAGACAGUGAGAAGAAAUUCUUGAAUGAAAACGUGGAUUCACUUCAAGGUACUAAGCAAGCAAAAAUGGAUCCGAUUCCGUGGAAGGCUUUACUCCGUUCUGUGCCACUCUGGGCUUUAAUUAUAGCUGGUAUUGGCCACGACUGGGGAUAUUUCACAAUGGUAACAGACCUUCCGAAAUAUAUGACGGAUGUCCUCAAAUUCAACAUAAAGUCCACCGGUAUCCUAUCCGCUCUUCCAUACGUUGCUAUGUGGAUCGCCUCCUUCUUAUUCGGGCUCGUAUGCGACUUCUGCGUCAAAAGAAAAUACCAUUCUAUUCAAAAUGCAAGGAAAAUCUAUACAACAAUCGCUGCCACUGGUCCUGGUAUUUGUAUCAUCAUGGCAUCAUACUCCGGCUGUGAUAAAACGCUUGCUGUUUUCUGGUUCAUUUUCGCCAUGACUCUUAUGGGUGCCUAUUACAGUGGAAUGAAGAUUAAUCCUUUAGACAUUACCCCUAACUAUGCUGGUACUACCACAGCCAUGGUGAAUGGUAUCGCCGCUAUUUCUGCCAUCAUAACACCAUAUUUGAUUGGCCUAGUAACGCCGGACUCAACAUUGGCACAAUGGCGGAUAGCUUUCUGGGUAUGUCUCGGAGUAUUAGUGGUGACAAACGUCAUCUAUCUCAUGUUCGCCAAAGGAGAUCAGUUAUGGUGGGAUGACGUCAAUAAGCAUGGCUACCCCACCAACUGGAGUCACGGACCGCUACGUCAAAGAACACCGGAUGAGGAAGGUCAAAAAAAUGAAAAGAAAGAAAAGAUAUAAUUGACUGUGAAUAGUUUUAAGAUAGAUGUAAGGUAACUUAUUGUGAUAAAAUCUAAUUUAAGUGAAGUAAAACCAAAUAAUGAAAAGGGUUGUUUAAUUUUUAUUUCCAUAACCGUUACAUUCAAGAAAAU